CCGAGUCGAGAUGGGAGGCUUUCCCUUCCGGACGCUGUUCCUUUGGGCAGGCAUCUUCUCUCUGUGUGAGGCCCGGCCCCGAGGCCGAAUUCUGCGGGGACAGGAGACGCCCGCCCACCAAAGACCCUACAUGACAUCUUUGCAAGUGUCGGGGAAGCACAUCUGCGGAGGGUUCCUCAUUGCUGACCAGUGGGUGCUGAGUGCGGCACAUUGCUUGCAGGAUGCGGGCAACGCGACAUUACAGGUCCUCGUGGGGGCCCAUUCCCUCUCGGAGGCGGAACCGAACAAGCGCCUGCUGGGAGUCCGAAAGCUCUUCCCCCACCCUAACAGCAGCGUGGAGAACAUCUACAACGACCUCUUGCUCAUCCAGCUGGAAGAGAGAGUGUCACCCAGCGCAGAUGUGCAGAUCCUGCCUUUUCAGAGGGAAGACAGGAGUGUGCCGGCAGGGACCCAGUGCGAGGUGGCCGGCUGGGGUUUCAUCAGCAACACCGGCAGGCUUCCGGAUAAAUUGCAUCACGUGGAGCUGUCCGUCAUCAGCAACACUGUCUGCAACACCCGGAUCCAUUACGACGGCAGCAUUACGGAGAAACUGAUGUGUACCGAAUCCAAGAGGAAAGAUUCGUGCAAGGGGGACUCUGGAGGACCUCUCGUUUGCAACGGGGUGGCUGAAGGUGUGGUGGCCACGGGCGCCCGUGUCUGCGGCAACUGGAAAAAGCCCGGCAUUUACACCCGGAUCCCGCCCUACGUUGACUGGUUCGAUAGCAUCUGGGCUGCAGCACAUCAGCCGACCGAAGGCCCACAGGCGGUCACUGUACCUUAAAAAGGGGGUCGCUUGGGCACAGCACCCGGGGAGUCGAAAGGCACAAAUUAGUUUUGCUAUCCUCGCUAGUGUCAAUAGGGUGGGCUUCUGUCCCUCCCUUUUAGUGAGCCUUGCAAGCAGGGCCAGCCCGUCAUAGAGAAUUUUUAGGCAGCUGCCUAGGGAGGGCGGCCUUGGAAGGGGGCACCCCGCUGGCCCACUGCCCCUCCCCUCCCCGGCCCCUCCUACGCCUGGACCCCAGGAGGGUGUAUUUUAAAUCUAAACGGCCACCCGCAUGCCCCUCUCGUUGCUCCCCGCCGGGUGCAUUUAUGUUUGAAAACUGGGGGGUGCAUGGGAGGGGGGCGCCGGAAGGUAGCCUCGCCUAGUGUGCAAAAAAA